AGUCCCUCGCCUUUACCCCCACGAGCACCGUAACGCGAGGCGGUACAAGGAAGGAAGAAACGUGGAUUAAGUUCCCCAACUUUCACACCGGCAAAACUGCCAGGGAAGAGUCUUUUUUUGAACUCCUCUUGUUUUUCUUCGUACCUCCCUCUCGAGAUGUUCGGCGGCGGCGAGGAAUACUUCCAAGAUCCGCCAGAGAUCGAUCGUGAGACGCUGGCGCGCUUCGCAUCCUUCUGCGCACGCCUGCGUGCUAUUGAAAAGCCCGGCAAGAAGUCCAUCGCCGAGGCGGUCGAGCUGGCGCGUGCGGUCGGCGACACCCUCCUCACGUACGAGUUAGUCGUCGGCGCUCUUUUCCGCCACAUCAAGACCUGGGCCGGGCAGAAGCAGCUCGCCUGCUGGUACGUGCUGGACAAGCUGUGCAAGGAGGACCGCGACAAGUACGGCCACACGGCAGGGAAGUACAUUUUAGAGGUCGGACGCGACUACAUCCCGUACGAGGAUGUGGAGCUGGCGGGCAAGUACGAAAGCCUCGUCGAGCACUGGGAGAACGUGUUUCCCCCGCACGUCGUGGAUGCGCUCUGGCUGGCGAAGAAGGAGCGUCUGUGGGCCGUCGACCACCCUGCUGAGAUGGCACAGCAGCAGAAGGCCGAGGAGGCGGAGUGGGCGCAGGAGGAGGAGGCGAUGCAGGACGAGGACGGACUGAACGACUUCGGUCAGCCCUGCAUCGACUACCUGCAGGGCCACUGCAGCUGGGGCGACAACUGCCGCCUCUACCACCCACCCGGCGAGGAGGGCACGCUGCCGGCGGAGUGCCGCAUGGGGGACUGGAAAUGCUCGGCUUGCGGCGUCAUUAACCGGCACUUCCGCCGCCGCUGCUCCAACUGCGUCCGCGAGAAGCCGCAAUACAAGAAAGGGCGGCAGCUGUCGGUGGAGGAAAAGCUACUCUCCACGCCGGACCCCAACGUGACCGUCGCCUUCCGUCAGCAGUUCGGCUACAACCCGUACGUUCCCGAGGAGGCGAUUGCGCACUUCAAGCUGCGGUUUGAAGGUGUGUCGAAUGAGGACUACCGCAACGAGCGCGCGGCCGCCUACCGUGUGCGCAUCCUUGGCCGGCCGCCGUCCAACCCGCAGGAGGAGCGGUGCAAAGCAACGAAGCACUUUCCAGAUGUGGACAUGGAGCCGGACGAGGACUACGACGUGGGCAGCGACGGUCUCGUGACCAAGCGGGCGCGCACGGAGAGCUUAGUCCCCGCCCACACGGCUGCCAACAGCGCCAUCGCCCUCUUUGCCCAAUUGGUCAUGGAGAGAGGUAUUCUAGACCCGACGGUGCCGCAGCUUUUUGCGGAGCUGUCGCGGCACAUCCGUCAGGCCGCGAAUGAUGCGUCGAUGCAGCUGAACGAGACCCAGGCGGAGGUGCUGCUGUCGGCGUGCAUGCUGGGCUUCACGGCGUGGAACGCCAACAAGGGUGCCGUGCCGUUUGUAGCCUCCUUCUUCAGGGCCAUCCGCCACAACGAGACAAAGCUGGGUCUCUCGGCGGAACAGGCGGAGCAGCUAGAGUCUAUGGCGAACAUGUUUCUCGCGUAA